AGGCAAGCCUCUAGGGCCUUCAGCCUCUACGCCAACAUCGACAUCCUCCGGCCCUACUUCGACGUGGAGCCUGUCCAAGUGCGCGCCAGACUGCUGGAGUCCAUGAUUCCUGUGAAGAUGAUUAAUUUCCCACAGAAGAUUGCAGGCGAGCUUUAUGGACCCCUCAUGCUGGUUUUCACACUGGUGGCCAUCCUUUUGCAUGGGAUGAAGACCUCGGACACCAUCAUUAGGGAAGGCACACUGAUGGGCACAGCCAUUGGCACCUGCUUCGGUUACUGGUUGGGCGUCUCCUCUUUCAUCUAUUUCCUGGCAUAUCUGUGCAAUGCCCAAAUCACGAUGGUGCAGAUGCUGUCGCUGUUAGGCUAUGGCCUGUUUGGACACUGCAUCACUCUCUUUGUGACCUAUAAUAUCCACUUCCACUCCCUCUUUUAUAUCUUCUGGUUGGGUGUUGGUGGACUCUCUACACUACGAAUGGUUGCCGUGUUGGUGUCGCGCACCGUGGGGCAUACGCAGCGGCUCAUCCUGUGUGGGACCCUUGCUGCUCUGCAUAUGCUUUUCCUCCUCUAUCUGCACUUUGCUUAUCACAAGGUGGUAGAAGGUAUCCUGGACACAUUGGAAGGACCCAACAUGCCACCCUUUCAGAGAGUUGCCAGAGACAUUCCAAUUGUUUCCAAUGCUGUAUUGAACACAACAGCCAAAGCCGUUGCAUUGACCCUGUAGUUUCACAGACUUGGACUUGCUUCCUUCACUACUUUCGGGGCUGCAUAGGGCCAUAAUAACCUGCUGCCACUUAGGAACUGGACAGAACAGCAGGAAGAAGACUUGGUUUUGUUUUCCUGGACCUGUCCUUUGGGUUGCAGUUUUGGGCAGCUGAGUGGACUGCACCUCAGUGACUCAGAAGAACUACAUUCUUCCCCCACCCAGGUCUGGGCUGCCUUGAGUAGAGUGGUUCUGUUGCCUGCAUGUUUAGCUGGGAUUUCCCAGCGCAGUUGUCCCUUACCCCUCUUUCUGCUUGCUGAUGUAACCCCAGGGCUAUCUGCCCUGUUCCUGUCCUGAAGAGGGAAGAAUUAAAUUGAUGUUGGUGCUGAGCAAUGUCUUAUGUUUGAGCCUACUUGUGUAAUGGGAGAGUGGUGUUGGGUCUCUAUGCCUUUAUCUAUCCUGUCGUAGACUCAAAGCAGGAUUCUUUGCAA